AUGACUUCAGCAAUGGAGACGGGCAAUCUCCGUAAUGAGGACUUUCGAAAGUUACUGACUGCACCGAAGAAGGUGGCUGCUGAGGGUUCAGCAUCAGGCGGCACUUCUCACUCAUUCACACACAGACAUCAAGCGAAGCCCGAGAAGAAAAAAGGCGGAGGAGGUCACAAGCACAAAAAGGAGAAAAUCGAGAGUAAUGAAGAUGAAGCCAAUCUCAAGGAAAUUCUCAAAAACUACCGUGAUCGAGCACUCGAACGCCGUCUGAAAGGAAAUGAUGACAAUGAUGAAAUUGUGAAGCUGGCGGCAGCAUACCGAGCAAUGCCGGGAGAUGCACGCGCAGUAACAGACAAGGCAAAUCUCAGAAGACAAGCUAUUGAGGAGUCAAAAUACCUUGGAGGAGAUAUGGAACACACUCACUUGGUGAAAGGUCUCGAUUAUUCGUUGCUUAAUAAAGUCCGAAGUGAAAUCAAUAAAUCACAAACGGAAGUGGACACAGUGGACGAACUGGAACUCGCUUUUGAUCAAAAAGGUGUUGAUGCUGUGGAGAAGAUGUCUGACAAUAAAAUGGUCCGGGGUAUCCAUCGAAUUCUGUUCAAAAAUGAAUUGCCACUGCGAAAUGAGCUGUUCGGUAAAGGACGUAUGGCGUAUGUGGUGGACAUGGAAGACGAAGAGGCUGAUAUUCCUACCACAUUGCUCAGAUCGGUGCACGAUUGCCCGAAAGCCGAAUCAAACGCAAAUAUCAAUGCAAACAAUAUGCUGAUUUCAAAAUUGACCCAGGUGCUUUCCUACCUCCGUUCUGACCACAAGAAGAAGAAAAAGCCAGACAUGACAGAGGAAGAGGCUAAGAAAUACCAAUCUCAGAGUAUCUACGAUAAUGAGACCGAAUAUGCGCCAAAACGCGACAAGGACAAGGAUCGCCGAGACAAGGACCGAGACCAAAAGAAAGAUCGGAAUUAUUUCGAUUCCAAGGAUGAUCGUAGCAAACGAGACGACCGUGAAAGACGUGACAAGGACCGUGACAGGCGACACGACCGUCGAGAUCGUGAUCGCGACGGUAAGGAUAAAGAUCGUGAACGAGAUCGCGAAAAGGAACGUGAACGGGACAAAGAACGCAGAGAACGGGAAGAGCGAGAUAAAGAGAAGCGCCUUGAGGAGAAAAUGGAAAAGAGGAGAAAGGAAGCCGAAGGAGGAGGAUAUGAUGAAUGUUAUCCCGGAGGAAUGGCAGAAAUGGGUGGCGGAUGGGAUUCAGAUGAAGAAGAUCUGACAAUGAUGGAUAUGGGAGCGAAGAAGUCGACCAUAAAACGAUGGGAGUUUGAUAAUGAUGAUGACUACGAGAAAUUCCAAGGGUCUCGCGAAGCGAUGCCGAAGGCUGCCUAUCAGUAUGGUGUAAAGACUGGCGAUGGUCGAAAAACCAGAAAAAGUGUGGAUGUUAACAAGAAAAUUGAUAAGGAGUUGAAUCAGAUCACAAAACUGAUUGAAAAGCGCAAAGGUGCAGCAGAAGAAGAGAGGUAA